CGGUGUGAGUGGCAGCUGAGGGCGGCGGCGGGAAUGGGAGCGGCCGGAAUGAACUCUGGUUUUAUGGCAGUGGAUCGGGCUGGGUUCCGGGAGGCUAGGGCCUUGCGAUGUGGUUGAGCUGCAGCAGCCAAAAGUAGCCCGCUUCCUCUCCCACUCCAGGGAACCCGUUCUCCUUGCACCACCACCUCUUCCUCUCCUGCCGAGCGAGUGGCUCCGCGCCUGCCUUGUAACCUUAAAAUAUGCUGGAGUCCUAUGUAACCCCAAUUUUAAUGAGUUAUGUGAAUCGCUAUAUCAAAAACUUAAAGCCUUCAGACCUACAACUUUCUCUAUGGGGUGGAGACGUGGUUCUCAGCAAGCUCGAGUUAAAGCUAGAUGUUCUGGAACAGGAGCUGAAAUUACCAUUCACUUUUUUAAGUGGACAUAUUCAUGAAUUGAGGAUUCAUGUACCAUGGACAAAACUAGGUUCAGAACCAGUGGUAAUUACUAUCAAUACAAUGGAAUGCAUUUUGAAACUUAAAGAUGGAAUACAGGAUGAUCAUGAAAGCUGUGGCUCUAAUUCUACUAAUCGUAGUACUACUGAGAACACAAAGUCAUCACUAAAACCCCGGAGAAUUCAGCAGGCUGCUCCUACAGAUCCUGAUUUACCACCAGGAUAUGUGCAGAGUCUGAUUAGACGAGUUGUAAAUAAUGUAAACAUUGUUAUAAACAAUCUCAUACUGAAAUAUGUUGAAGAUGAUAUUGUCCUUUCAGUCAACAUCACUUCUGCAGAGUGCUAUACAGUAAGUGAAUUAUGGGAUCGUGCAUUCAUGGAUAUUUCUGCAACUGAUCUCGUGCUGAGAAAAGUUAUCAAUUUUUCUGACUGUACAGUUUGUCUUGAUAAACGAAAUGCCAGCGGUAAAAUAGAAUUCUACCAGGAUCCAUUAUUGUACAAAUGUUCCUUCAGAACUCGUCUGCAUUUUACAUAUGACAAUCUAAAUUCCAAGAUGCCAUCUGUUAUUAAAAUUCAUACCUUAGUGGACAGUUUGAAGCUUUCUAUCACAGAUCAGCAACUGCCUAUGUUUAUUCGAAUAAUGCAACUUGGAAUUGCUCUUUACUUUGGAGAAAUAGGUAGUUUUAAAGAUGGUGAAACAGAGGACCCUUCCUGUUACAAUAAAGAUAUGUUAGGAAACAUUGCAGGUGCUGAAGAUGAAACAAGAAUAGAUAUGCAGUUCCCUGCUCAAUACAAAGGCCAAGAGUUGUAUUCACAGCAAGAUGAUGAGCAGUCACAGGGAUGGGUGUCCUGGGCGUGGUCACUUGUGCCUGCGAUUGUGAGUUAUGAUGAUGGUGAGGAAGACUACCUUGGAAAUGAUCCUGCAUCAACCAUGCUUCAGCAGAAAGCACCAAGUUUGAAGGAUCCUAUUGUUUCUGUAGGAUUUUACUGUACCAAGGCAACUGUGACUUUUAAACUCACUGAAAUGCAAGCUGAGAAUAGUUAUUAUAGUCCUCAGAAAGUAAAGUCUAAAGAAGUGUUAUGCUGGGAACAAGAAGGAACUACAAUUGAGGCCCUUAUGAUGGGAGAACCUUUCUUUGACUGCCAGCUUGGGUUUGUAGGUUGUCGAGCCCUGUGUCUUAAAGGAAUUAUGGGUGUUAAAGAUUUUGAAGAGAAUAUGAAUAGAAGUGAAGCUGAAGCCAGUUUUUUCAUUUGUGGUGAGAAUUUAAGUACCAAAGGUUUGACUUACCUUACAAAUUCACUGUUUGAUUAUCGAAGUCCAGAAAAUAAUGGUACUCGUGCAGAAUUUAUCUUGGACUCAGCUCAUCAUAAGGAGACAUAUACUGAGAUAGCUGGAAUGCAAAGGUUUGGGGCUUUUUACAUGGACUACCUCUAUACAACGGAGAACACUAGUGGCAAAGGCUCUGCAAAUCAGCAAGACUUUUCUUCAGGGAAAAAUGAAGAUUUGGGAACAGUCCAAGAGAAUUCUACUAAAAGCCUUGUUGUAGGUCCUCUGGAUUUUCGCUUGGACAGCAGUGCAGUGCAUAGGAUUUUGAAAAUGAUUGUUUGUGCCUUGGAACAUGAAUAUGAGCCAUAUACUAGGCUAAAACCAGAAAUUAAGGAAGAAAAUGAAAGAAUACUGAAUCCUGAAGAAUUGGUGUCUCUGGAGGAAUAUAUUCCUACUCGACAUACAAGUAUUACUCUUCUCAAAUGUACUUGCACAAUUUUCAUGGCUGAAUUCAACUUGCUAGACUAUUUACUUCCUGUCAUCAUGGGAGAAAAGAACUCAAGUAACUUCAUGAAUACUACAAAUUUCCAGACUCUUCGGCCUUUGCCAUCCAUUCAGAUAUUGAUGGAUAAAAUUAAUCUGGAAUAUUCUGUCCCGAUGUAUGCUGAACAUUUGGUGCAUAUGGUCAGCAGCCUUAGUCAGCCUUCUGAUAAUCUGCUUCAUUAUUGCUAUGUACACUGUUAUCUUAAGAUAUUUGGUUUCCAGGCAGGACUGACAUCUUUGGAUUGUAAUGGAUCUUACUGCUUACCUGUGCCAAUUAUUCCCUCCUUUAGCACUGCUGUUUAUGGUAAAUUACUAAAACUCCCCACCUGCUGGACCAAAAGAUCUCAGAUUGUCAUAACUGAAGGUAUAUUUGAACUUCCAAAUCUCACAAUUCAAGCCACAAGAGCACAGACACUUUUGCUGCAAGCAAUAUAUCAAAGUUGGUCUCAUAUUGGAAAUAUCAGCUCUUCAGGAGUGAAUGAAGCUUUGAUGAAUGAAGUCUUCCAAACUGUAGGUGUGAAAUCUAAGAAUCCCCUGCCAACUCUUGAGGGCUCAAUCCAGAAUGUUGAAUUGAAGUACUGCAGCACAUCAUUGGUCAAAUGUGCCUCUGGGACCAUGGGAUCAAUAAAAAUUUGUGCCAAAGCCCCAGUUGACAGUGGAAAAGAGAAGUUGAUUCCCUUGCUUCAGGGUCCUUCUGACACUAAAGACCUUCAUAGCACCAAGUGGCUCAAUGAGAGUAGAAAGCCAGAAUCUCUUUUAGCUCCAGAUUUGAUAGCCUUCACAAUCCAAGUUCCACAAUAUAUGGACUACUGCCAUAGUUCUGGUGCAGUACUUCUUUGUAGUGUACAAGGAUUUGCUAUUAAUAUUGAUCCAGUCUUAUACACAUGGCUCAUCUACCAGCCUCAGAAACGAACAAGCAGACAUAUGCAGCAGCCUAUGAUACCUGUUCCUCUUGUUACGCCAAUUAGCAAAAGGAAAGAGGAUGAGCUCUCUGUUGGAAGUGCACCAUUGGCAAAACAACAGUCCUAUCAGGCCUCUGAAUAUGCUAGCAGCCCUGUAAAGACAAAAACACUAACAGAGUCCCGACCAUUGUCUGUUCCUGUCAAAGCCAUGUUGAAUAUAUCUGAAGGCUCCAGAAGUCCUGAAGAAAAAAUGAAAGAAUUUAUUGGAGUAGUAUGGAAUGCAGUAAAGAGUCUUACAGUACAGCUUGAUGUGCAGUCUUGUUGUGUGUUCAUUCCAAAUGACAGUCUGCCUUCCCCCAGUACAAUUGUAUCUGGUGACAUUCCUGGAACAGUAAGAAGUUGGUACCAUGGACAAACCAGCAUGCCAGGAACACUUGUCCUCUGCUUACCUCAAAUAAAGAUUAUUAGUGCUGGUCACAAGUGUAUGGAACCUCUGCAGGAAAUCCCAUUUGUCAUCCCACGACCCAUCCUUGAAGAAGGUGAUGCUUUUCCUUGGACCAUCAGCCUCCAUCAUUUCAGCAUAUAUACCCUUCUUGGAAAACAAAUGACACUUUGCCUAGUGGAACCUAUGGGUUGUACCUCUACUCUGGCUGUCACGUCUCAAAAACUAAUUGGUACAGGACCUGAUGCAAGACAUUCAUUUGUUGUCUGUCUCCAUGUUGACCUAGAGUCAUUGGAGAUAAAAUGCUGUAAUCCUCAGGUUCAACUCUUCUAUGAACUAACUGAUACAAUGAAUAAGGUGUGGAAUAAGAUUCAGAAGAGAGGCAACCUGAGUACUUCUUCAGCCUAUUCUGAGACUAUGGCUGGCCAUGUUCCCAGUUCUCCAGUUCGAAGCAGUGUAGGCACAGUUCCUCCAGAUACUAGCACAUGCAGCCCAUCUGCUGAUAUUGGAACGACUACUGAGGGAGAUUCUAUACAAGCAGGUGAUGAGUCACCAUUUUCAGAUUCUGUUACCUUGGAACAAACUACUAGUAACAUUGGUGGAUCCAGUGGACGUGUUAGUCUCUGGAUGCAAUGGGUACUCCCCAAAAUUACUAUGAAGCUCUUUGCUCCAGACCCUGAAAAUAAAGGCACAGAGGUCUGUAUGGUCAGUGAACUAGAAGAUCUCAGUGCAUCCAUAGACGUGCAGGAUGUAUAUACCAAAGUGAAAUGUAAAAUAGAGAGUUUCAAUAUUGAUCACUAUAGAAGCAGCCUUGGGGAAGAGUGUUGGUCUCUGGGGCAAUGUGGAGGUGUCUUCCUUUCCUGUACUGACAAGCUGAACAGACGCACUUUGUUGGUUCGACCCAUCCGCAAGCAGGACCCUUUCAGUAAUUGCUCUGGCUUCUUUCCUUCUACAACUACCAAACUUCUAGAUGGCUCUCAUCAGCAGCAUGGAUUUCUCUCUCUGACAUAUACAAAAGCUGUAACAAAAAAUGUUCGCCACAAGUUAACAUCAAGAAAUGAACGAAGAACUUUUCAUAAGUUAUCUGAAGGUUUAAUGGAUGGUUCCCCUCAUUUUCUUCAUGAAAUUCUUCUUUCAGCACAAGCCUUUGAUAUUGUCCUUUAUUUUCCUUUGCUUAAUGCCAUUGCAAGUAUAUUUCAAACAAAACUACCAAGACAAAAAGAGAAAAGAAAAUCUCCUGGUCAGCCCAUGAGAACCCAUACAGUGACUUCACGAAAUUUACCCUUGAUUUAUAUCAACACAAGUGUAAUCAGAAUUUUUGUUCCAAAAACAGAAGAAAUCCAGUCAACUGUCGGAGUUAAUCAGGCAGCAAAGGAAGACACCAUGGUUUUGAAGAUUGGCUCUGUUGCCAUGGCUCCCCAGGCUGACAACCCCCUAGGCAGAUCAGUUCUCAGGAAAGAUAUUUAUCAGAGAGCAUUGAACUUAGGAAUUCUUCGAGAUCCUGGAUCAGAAAUUGAAGAUAGACAAUACCAAAUAGACUUGCAGUCCAUCAAUAUUGGUACUGCUCAGUGGGAUCAACUAAAACCAGAGAAGGAAAGUGCCACAGGAGGGGUGCUAACAGAGAGUGAAAGGAAUUCUCAAAAUCCAGCUCUCGAGUGGAAUAUGGCAAGCAGCAUUCGGCGAAAUCAAGAAAGGAGAGCAAUUUUGACCCCCAUUUUGACAGAUUUCUCUGUCCGAAUAACUGGAGCACCUGCCAUCAUUUUCACUAAAAUUAUUUCUCCAGAAAAUCUGCAUACUGAGGAGAUUUUAGUGUGUGGCCAUUCCUUGGAAGUGAAUAUAACCACAAACCUGGAUUUCUUCCUAAGUGUGGCUCAAGUUCAACUCUUACAUCAGUUAGUAGUAGCAAAUAUGACUGGACUGGAACCAUCACAUAAGGCCACAGAGAUUUCUAAACAAGAACUGAAAAAAAUGGAUACAUUUGACGGAGGCAUGGCUGAAACCUCCUCUCGAUAUAGUGGUGCUCAGGACAGCGGAAUUGGCAGUGACAGCAUCAAAAUCAGAAUAGUGCAAAUCGAGCAGCAGAGUGGUGCCAGUCAGCACCGGAUCGCCCGUCCCUCACGCCAGUCAUCAAUCGUAAAGAAUCUCAAUUUCAUUCCCUUUGACAUAUUUAUUACUGCUAGUAGAAUCUCACUAAUGACCUAUUCUUCAAGGGCCUUGCCCAAAUUGAAAUCACAAGAACAGAAGGAGGAUGGAAAAACAGGCAAGAGUUCACUAAAUCUCCCAGAAGUUGAUUCAGAUGUUGCUAAGCUCAACCAGGCAAGUAUUUCCACAGUGACAGCAGAAGAUCUCUUCAGAAGUAGCACAUCUUUAACAUCAGGCAGAAAAAUAGGGGUUCUCUCUCUUGAAAGUCUUCAUGCAUCCACAAGGUCAUCUGCAAGACAAGCACUUGGCGUUACUAUCGUUCGGCAACCUGGUCGAAGAGGAACUGGUGACUUGCAGCUAGAACCGUUUCUGUGUUUCAUUGUGUCCCAGCCUUCCUUGCUUCUGAGUUGUCAUCACAGAAAGCAGCGAGUGGAAAUAUCUGUUUUUGAUGCUGUGCUUAAAGGGGUGGCUUCUGAUUACAAAUGUACAGAUCUUGGGAAGACACUUCCUGAAGGCCUUGAUUACAGCACUGUGUGGCUCCAGACAGUGCCUGGAGAAACGGACAGAAAGAGUGGUAUCCCACCUUCCCUUGUCACAUUACAACUUAAAGACUUUCUUAAUGGACCAGCGGACAUCAGCUUGGAUAUAUCAAAGCCUUUGAAAAUAAACCUGAGUUUUACCAAACUGGAUCAGAUAAACCACUUUUUAAAAAAGAUUAAAAAUGCACACAGUUUUGCACAUCACGAAGACACUUCAGCCCUGUCAGGCACCAUGCUGAAUAAAGAUGAGCCUCCAGUCUCCAGCUUCCAUGGGAAGUUGUCCAAACCUAAAGAUCAUAGUGAUGGAGUGCGGAAGAUUUCAUUUCAAGAAAACACAUGGCGAGCCAUUUCCUACUUUCAAAAAAUUUCAGUCCGUACUACUCAGAUCGUGGUCUCCAUGGAACCUGUCCCUCAUCCUAACAAACCAUGCCUGUUAGCAUCACUAUCAAACCUCAACGGAAGCUUUAGUGUCAAAGCAGCACAAAAAGUACCUGGCAUAAUUCUUGGAUCAUCAUUUCUACUCAGCAUAAAUGAUUUUCUCCUUAAAACAAGUCUCAAAGAAAGAAGUCGGAUUUUGAUAGGACCACUUUGUGUUACUGCCAAUCUGGAAGCUAAAUGGUGUAAACACAGUGGCAAUCCAAGCACUGAACAGUCUCUACCAAAAAUAUCCAUUGAUCUAAGAGGUGGUCUGCUACAGGUCUUCUGGGGUCAAGAACAUUUGAAUUGCUUAGUUCUCCUACAUGAAUUACUCAGUGGAUAUCUUAAUGAGGAAAGAAAUUUUGAAGCACAAGUUUCAGAACCAGUGCCUCGGAUGCCAUCUAUGGAAAAGAAUCAAACCUUUAAAAGUGAACAAAGUUCAGAUGAUCUACGGACAGGUCUUUUUCAGUAUAUACAAGAUGCUGAACCUUUGAAACUGCCUGGUGCCUAUGAAGUCUUGUUUCAUAACGAAACUGAAGAUAGCCCAGGGAUGAUGUUAUGGAGGUAUCCAGAACCUAGAGUGCUCAUUCUUGUACGAAUAACUCCUGUGCCUUUCAACACCACAGAGGACCCAGAUAUCAGUACAGCAGACCUAGGUGAUGUGCUACAGGUGCCUUGUAGUUUGGAAUACUGGGAUGAAAUCCAGAAGGUUUUUGUUGCUUUUCGUGAAUUUAGUCUGUCUGAAAGCAACGUUUGUGAACUGCAGUUGCCAGAUAUCAAUCUUGUGAAUGACCAGAAGAAACUGGUAUCCUCAGAUCUUUGGAGAAUUGUCUUGAACAGCAAUCAAAAUGGAGCUGAUGACCAAAGCUCUGCAAGUGAAUCUGGUUCUCAAAGCACAUGUGAUCCACUUAUAACUCCAACAGCCCUGGCUGCCUGUACCAGAGUCGACUCCUGUUUUACCCCAUGGUUUGUCCCAUCUCUUUGCAUGUCUUUCCAGUUUGCUCACCUGGAGUUCCAUCUGUGUCAUCACCUUGACCAACUAGGCACAGCUUCACCACAUUACCUACAGCCAUUCAUUUCUGACAGAAAUGUGCCGUCUGAACUAGAAUAUAUGAUUAUUUCCUUCAGAGAACCACACCUGUAUCUUCGACAGUGGAACAAUGGUUCUAUCUGCCAGGAAAUUCGGUUCGCAGCUCAAGCCGACUGUAAGCUUCUAGAGUGCAGAAAUGUUACCAUGCAAAGUGUGAUAAAACCCUUCAGCAUCUCCGGACAGAUUGCAGUUUCCAGCGAUGCAAGCGGAAAGCUGCUUGACUGCACCAUGAGAGUGGAUUCUGUGUCUGCAAACUUUGGACAGCAUGUGGUUCAUUCUCUGAACACUGCGAUACAAGCUUGGCAACAGAACAAAUGCCCUGAGGUAGAAGAGUUGGUCUUCAGCCAUUUUGUGAUCUGUAAUGACACACAGGAGACACUGCGGUUUGGCCAGGUGGAUACUGAUGAAAAUAUUCUUCUGGCGAGUCUCCAUAGUCACCAGUACAGCUGGCGCUCUCACAAAUCCCCACAGCUGUUACACAUCUGUAUUGAAGGUUGGGGCAAUUGGCGUUGGUCAGAGCCCUUCAGUGUGGACCAUGCUGGGACAUUUAUUAGAACAAUUCAGUACAAGGGUCGCACUGCUUCCCUUAUCAUCAAGGUUCAGCGACUUAGUGGAGUGCAAAAACAGAUUAUCAUCUCUGGAAGACAGAUCAUCUGCAGUUACUUGUCUGAAAGCAUAGAACUAAAAGUUGUUCAGCAUUACAUUAGCCAAGAUGGACAAGCUGUGGUUCGAGAACAUUUUGACUGCCUUGCACCCAAAAAGAAAUUGCCUUCAUACAUACUGGAAAACAGUGAACUGACAGAGUUAUGUGUGAAGGCCAAAGGAGAUGAAGACUGGUCAAGAGAUGUGUGCCUGGAAUCCAGAGCCAUGGAGGAUAGCACUGUCAUCCAGGUGCCAUCUUCAAACAGCUCCAUUAUUUAUGUCUGGUGCACAGUUUUGACUUUAGAACCCAACUCUCAAGUACAACAACGAAUGAUUGUGUUCAGCCCUCUUUUUAUCAUAAGGAGUCAUCUUCCAGACCCCAUUAUCAUACAUUUGGAGAAAAGGAGUCUAGGACUGAGUGAAACACAGAUUAUUCCAGGAAAAGGGCAGGAAAAGCCACUGCAAAACAUAGAACCUGACCUUAUACAUCACCUCACAUUUCAAGCAAGAGAAGAAUAUGAUCCUUCAGAUUGUGCUGUUCCCAUCUCAACAGCCCUCAUUAGGCAGAUAGCCACUAAGAUACACCCUGAAGGCACAGUCAAUCAGAUCCUUGAUGAUUUCUAUGGGCCAAAAAAGACACUUGAGCCCACAUGGCCCUAUAAUAAGAAGGAUUCUGACAGGAACGAACAGCUGAGUCAGUGGGAUAGCCCAAUGAGAGUGAAGCUGUCAGUCUGGAAGCCAUAUGUUAGAACUUUGUUGAUAGAACUUCUACCCUGGGCCCUGCUUAUCAAUCAGUCCAAGUGGGACCUCUGGCUGUUUGAAGGAGAGAAGAUUGUUUUACAAGUUCCUGCUGGCAAAAUCAUUAUUCCUCCUAAUUUUCAGGAAGCUUUUCAAAUUGGGAUAUACUGGGCAAAUACAAAUACUGUGCACAAGUCAGUAGCAGUUAAACUGGUUCAUAACCUGACAUCUCCAAAAUGGAAAGAUGGAGGCAAUGGUGAGGUUGUGACAUUGGAUGAAGAAGCAUUUGUUGAUGUUGAAAUAAGACUCGGUGCUUUCCCAGGACACCAGAAGCUCUGUCAGUUCUGCAUUUCUUCCAUGGUACAGCAAGGCAUACAAAUUAUUCAGAUUGAAGAUAAGACUACAAUAAUCAAUAAUACACCCUAUCACAUAUUUUAUAAACCACAGUUAUCUGUCUCCAGUCCACAUUCGGGAAAGGAGGAUUUCCAUAUUCCAGACAGUGCUACUUUCAGCAUUUGCCCAGGGGGAGAGCAGCUUGCUGUGAAGUCCAGCUCCCUUCCUUGCUGGGACUUAAUGCCUGACGUCGGGCCAUUGGUGCUGGAUUCAUCCCUGCUUCAGAAGCAGAUCUUGUUGGGCUUUUCUCCUGCUGCAGAUGCUGACAGCUCUCAGUGCUGGAGCCUGCCAGCUAUAGUGAGACAGGAGUUUCCCAGACAGAGUGUGGCAGUGCCGUUUGGGAACGUUAGAGAAAAUGGAUUCUGCACCAGGGCUCUAGCACUGACAUAUCAGGAGCACUUUGGAGUGACUUACUUAACAAUCACAGAAGACCCUAGUCCUCGAGUAAUUGUCCACAAUAGAUGUCCUGUGACAGUGCUUAUAAAGGAAAAUAUUAAAGAAAUUCCAAAUUUUGAGGUUUAUUGCAGAAGAAUUCCUCCUGAGAGCUCAGUUCAUCAUGAGCUCUAUCAUCAGAUUUCCAGUUAUCCAGACUGCAAGACCAAAGACUUACUUCCCAGUCUUUCUUUGAGAGUAGACUUGCUGGAUGCAGUAACCGCCGAGUGGAGUGAUGCCGUCGACAUCAACGGCCAGGGCACACAGGUUGUGUUCCUUACUGGCUUUGGCUAUGUAUAUGUGGACAUUGUCCAUCAAUGUGGCACAGUACUCAUCACUGUGGCCCCCGAAGGGAAAGCAGGGCCUAUUUUAACCCAUACUACCAGAACUCUGGAGAAGAUGGUUACCUUUAAAGUAUUCAUCACUCAGUUGAGUGUGGCAGUGUCCGACGACCUCACCGACCACAGAGCAUCAUCUGAACUUCUGAGGCUCACUCUGGAUGAUGUUUUUCUCCACAUGGCACCUGUGGCUGGCGCUCUCCCCGGAGAAGAAGAGCCCGCUGCAGCACUGUUCCAUCUUUACUCUAUGGAGAUCUGCUGUGGGGACCUACAGUUGGAUAACCAGCUUUAUAACAAGUCCAAUUUCCACUUUGCUGUCUUGAUCUGUCAGGAAGAAAAAGCAGAGCCUACUCAGUGUCCCAGAGUGUCAGAUCUCCUUGUCUCCAGCAGAGACUUAGAGGAAUACAAGGAGAAUUGCUUUAUCAAACUUUGCAUCACCUUAACUGAGGGCAAGAGCUUCCUACUCAGUGUCAGCGAGCUCAGUUUUGAGCUGAAACCUGCCCGGUUAUACGUGGAAGACACAUUUGUGUACUACAUCAAAACUGUGUUUGACACCUACCUUCCUCACAGCAAUCCAGCCAGUCACCCCUCACAGCUCUGUGGAGGUGCCCGGGUCCUGCCCCUGCAGGUGAGACAGCACGCCAGGGCCUUGGUGAACCCGGUGAAGUUACGGAAACUGGUGAUACAGCCAGUGAACCUGCUCGUCACCAUCCACGCUUCCCUCAAGCUGUACAUAGCCUCGGAUCACACUCCUCUCUCCUUCUCCGUGUUUGAGAGAGGCCCCAUCUUCACCACCGCGAGGCAGCUCGUGCACGCCCUGGCCAUGCACUACGCUGCAGGAGCUCUUUUUAGAGCAGGCUGGGUGGUUGGAUCCCUGGAGAUCCUUGGCAGUCCCGCAAGUCUGGUGCGAAGCGUGGGGACCGGCAUUGCCGACUUCUUCAGGUUGCCCUAUGAGGGGCUUACCCGGGGCCCUGGCGCCUUCGUGAGCGGUGUUUCCCGAGGGACGACAUCCUUUGUGAAGCACAUUUCCAAAGGUACCCUCACGUCCGUCACCAACCUGGCCACCAGCCUGGCCCGGAACAUGGACCGGCUCUCGCUGGAUGAAGAGCACUACAACCGCCAGGAGGAGUGGCGGCGGCAGCUGCCCGAGAGCCUAGGCGAGGGAUUGCGCCAGGGCCUGUCCCAGCUGGGCAUCAGCCUGCUCGGUGCGAUUGCUGGAAUAGUGGAUCAGCCAAUGCAGAACUUCCAGAAAACAUCCGCUUCGCAGGCUUCAGCAGGGUGCAAGGCCAAGGACGUAAUCUCGGGCGUGGGGAAAGGACUCAUGGGGGUGUUCACAAAGCCCAUUGGAGGAGCUGCUGAGCUGGUAUCACAGACUGGCUAUGGUAUCUUACACGGAGCUGGACUUUCUCAGCUUCCCAAACAGCGCUAUCAGCCAAGUGAUCAACAUGCUGACCAGGCUCCAAACAGCCACGUCAAAUAUGUCUGGAAAAUGCUUCAGUCUCUGGGCAGACCAGAAGUCCACAUGGCCCUGGACGUGGUUCUGGUGAGGGGCUCGGGCCAGUAUCAUGAAGGGUGCUUGCUGCUGACAUCAGAGGUGCUCUUCGUGGUGAGUGUCAGUGAGGACACACAGCAGCAGGCCUUCCCUGUCACCGAGAUCGACUGUGCACAGGACAGCGAGCAAAAGCACCUGCUCACCAUGCAGCUCAAACAGCCAAGAGUGGCCUGUGAUGUGGAGGUGGAUGGAGUCCGAGAGAGACUGUCAGAGCAACAGUACAACAGACUUGUAGACUACAUCGCAAAGACAUCUUAUCACCUGGCCCCCACCUGCUCUUCCAUGCAAACACCGUGCCCAGUGGUGGCUGUGGACCCUCCCCCCUCCACUGUUAAAGCAUACCGUUAUUUGGUUGACCCACACUUUGCUCAGGUCUUCAUUAGUAAAUUUACCAUGGUAAAGAAUAAAGCCCUGAGAAAAGGGUUCUCCUGAGUUCCCAAUAAGGUGUGGAUUUCUAAUUAUGCAAUUUUUUGAAACAAGAAAUGUAGUUACUCUACAGCCAACAUGGACACAAAGCCAACACUUUAAUUAUAAUUUCCUAGCCACUUAAAAACUUAUUCGAUUUUUCACCAGGGGUGUAGUUAAGCAGCAUAGUGCCUGCCUGGUAAGCACAAGGCCUUACCAUUACUGGUAUCCCCCACACACAAAUUAUAUUUUUGCCUUUUCCCCAAAACAAGUUAGAUAAAGAUGGAAUGAUCAAAAAACUUGUUCCUUUCCCAUUGGGAAACAAUGAACAGAAUCCUGUAUGUGCUGUUUUUACCAAACGUGGAAAAUGUGUUCCUUUUUGAUCUAUAAUGCCACUUAACUAAAAUUUCCAUGAUACUAUGGAGGGUAAUGAUCUACAGCAAAGUGAUUAGUCCUUAGAAUGCAGAGUUUCAUUUUAAGUUGCAUCCAUUUAGGGGAGACUGAGACAACACCUCUGCCUAAUACAUGUUUGUCUGCAAAGGUUUGGAUUCUUUAAAAUACCUAGGGGGCCCAGGGAUUUAACUCAGUGGUUCCUUGGCCUGCCUCACUAGCGAAAGGUCCCAAGUUCGAUUUCCAGUACCAAAAAAGAAAUACCUAGGAUUCUGUGGCUUAACUUGUUAAAUGUGUCACUUAGCUGCUAUGCUGUUUAGCAAAAGCUGCUAUGUAUAUUCCCUCCAAAGUCUGUACUGUAAUGAACUUUUCAAACACUCUGUUUGUUUAGGUGCAUUUUGGAAAAAGUGUUUUUCUAGUUUGUGUUUUCUCAAGUGAGAUCUUCCGAUAUAUGCCAACGAAAACAGACCCAAAGUGCUCAGGUGAGUUUAUUCCUAGGAACUCCCUGGUACUAAGAGAGGGGAGUCAAGAUCCCCUAUAUUAAUGCUACUAAUGACAUCAGUCCAGAUAGUUUUCUCUGCUGAACUGAAGCACGAAGAUAUUCCCAGUGUCUUCACAUUAUUUUACAUCCAAGAAUGGGUCUGACUUGAAUCUUAGGUCAACACAUACCUUAAAAUGUUCAGUAAAUAUCUCACGGUCCAAUUAGCUGAAGUGUAUCUACUAAUUAUGUACUUUCAAACUUGGGCCUGUAACUUGUUAGUUAAAACUGUGAAAUGCUAAGAGUUCAAUUUCAAAGGGCCACUGGUCUGUAAGUCCCACAGGAUGGUGAGCAGUCAGCACUGUAUCACUGUUCCUGGAAAGGAAGACUGCUGAAGGAAAAUCCAGGCUGAACAGGAAGAAAGGCUUCUGUUUAUGUAAUACUCAAAAAGUGAGUUUGUCAACUUCAAGAGUAUUUUUAAGAAUGUAAAUACAUACUAAUUCUUGUAUGUUUUAUGGUAAUUUUACAUACUGUUAUAAAAAAUUGUUUAAAAGAAAACUGGUUUUUUUUUGGCGGGGGCACAGUGCUAGAGCAAACGUAGGGCCUCCCACACACUAGGCAAGUGUUCUACCACCAAGCUGCAUGCUCAGCACAAAAGGUUUUCAUGAAUUACUGACAACAUAUAAAUGUAUAUUAUUACAAGUUUUUACCCAACUCACAUCAUGGGACUCAAGACUCCUGCACAAGUUAAAGAGGGUAAGAAAUAGUUAUCUGAAAGUAACAAUCCAUGAUUAAACUAGCUCUGGAUAAAGGGGAGAAUUCUGAAGGGGGUUAAUGGCAAUGUGUCUUUUACUGUAACAAAUGUUGUAUUCAUGGCUAGGCAUGGUG